UCCGAGGCGAGGAGGGAGGGAGGGAGUGAGAGAGGAGGGGGCUCUGCUGGAGCCCGCAUCAGCGCCCGUAUUGUUUGAGGGACCGAGCCGUCAAGUCGUGCGCGACCACUAUUUUUUUCUACUCACAGUGCCGAGCUGCUGCGUGGCCGAGGCACCGCGCGACGUUUCGCGGACGACGGAGCGCGCGGCUGCUCAAUCGCGAUCGUCUCUGCUGCGUAACCGGAGACGAGCGGGAUUGCGACGUGCGAUGCUUUUCACUUUCGCGUCGUUAAGGUAUCGCCAUGCCGCGACUAGAACGCCAGGGACGGGGGAUAGCGCUCAUAUGGAACGUCGCGUAAUGCGCAACUCCAAUUAAUGAGACGAGGUCCGUGGCUGCCCUUGCUUUUUCACAUGCAAAGAAGAAGCGAACCUGUUUCAGCGCGCAACGCAGCUCGAUUUAAUUCGACUGAGACGCAACGUUCGCGCGAGGAAUGUCGGCUCUCCGUCGAAAAUUUGGUGAAGAAUACCAGGUGGUGAGCACCAGCGGCGUCGGCGCUGCCACUGGCGACUCCGAGAGGGAUUCUAAGAGGAAGCGACAGCGCUUCGUGGAGAAGAACGGCCACUGCAACGUGCAGAACGGCAGCAUUGGUAGCGACACGAGCCGCUACCUGUCCGACCUCUUCACCACGCUGGUGGACCUCAAGUGGCGCUGGAAUAUGUUCAUCUUCGUGCUCACCUACACCGUGGCCUGGCUCUUCAUGGCCUCCAUGUGGUGGUUCAUCGCCUACUCACGUGGAGACCUGGACAAGACACACGAUGGCAACUACACGCCGUGUGUCACCAACGUGCACAGCUUCCCGUCGGCCUUCCUCUUCUUCAUCGAGACCGAGGCCACGAUCGGGUACGGAUACCGCUACAUCACGGACAAGUGCCCCGAGAGCAUCAUCCUAUUUCUCUUCCAGUCCAUCCUGGGUUCCAUCGUGGACGCCUUCCUCAUCGGCUGCAUGUUCAUCAAGAUGUCGCAGCCCAAGAAGCGCGCAGAGACACUCAUGUUCAGCCAGAGCGCAGUCAUCUCCCGGCGGGACGGCCAGCUCUGCCUCAUGUUCCGCAUCGGGAACCUGCGCAACAGCCACAUGGUGUCGGCGCAGAUCCGCUGCAAGCUCAUCAAGUCUCGACAGACGCGGGAAGGCGAGUUCCUGCCACUCGACCAGCUGGAGUUGGACGUGGGCUUCAGCACAGGGGCCGAUCAGCUCUUCCUCGUCUCGCCACUCACCAUCUGCCACGUCAUCGACGACAGGAGCCCCUUCUAUGAGCUGUCACAGCGGGCGCUUCAGACGGAGCAGUUUGAGGUGGUGGUGAUCCUGGAGGGCAUAGUCGAGACCACGGGAAUGACGUGCCAGGCCAGGACAUCUUACACCGAAGACGAGGUGAUGUGGGGCCACCGCUUCCUGCCAGUGAUCUCGCUGGAAGAAGGCUUCUUCCGAGUCGACUACUCACAGUUCCACACCACGUUCGAAGUGCCCACCCCACCGUACAGCGUGCGGGAGCUGGAGGAGGCCCUCAAGCUGCCCUCCAGCCCUCUCUCCAGCCCGCCGUACAACUGCAUCACGGGCAGCGUGGCCUCCGGCAGUAACCUGGGCCAGAGCAAGCAUUCGAUCGAGUGCCUGGACAAUUCCGACGACAUCUUGAGCACCCUGCCGGCCAAGCUACGCAAGAUGAAUGCGAGUCGGGAGGACCUGCCCAAGAAGCUGCUGCGCAUGAGCUCCAUGACAACGGAGAAGACCUGCAGCAUGGGCGACCUGCCCCUCAAGCUGCAGCGGAUAAGCUCGGUGCCCGGCAGCCACGGUGACCAGCUGGUGGACACGGAGCAGAGGACAACCUUCAAGGCGAUUCGAUCUGGCGUGGACUCAGCCAAGUCCAUUGCGGAGCUGCCACCCAAGCUGCAGAGGAUUAACAGCACGUUUGGGACAAGGACGGUGGACAACCUUCCAGCCAAGCUGCGCAAGAUGAACUCGGAGAGGAGGAUGAAUGUAUAAGGUGAAGAGGCCAUCUCUCGUGGAGCGGAUUUCUGUCCUUAAUGUGCUGUGAGCGCACAUACUAAAUUCAUUGGAAGUGCCAUUAAGGCUGUGUGUGGGCUGGUAGGGCUACGCACGUCCUUCAAGACGUGAACGUGUGGAGUCCAUGGACGUAUGGAUGAAUGCAAGAGGCUCUUUUGAAGCUGUGAAAUGGGGUGGAUGGUUGCUACAUUUUUGCUUAAAGCAGGUAAUUAUAUAUGUGCCAUAUACAGACUUUUGGCUGAUUCGCAGCAUUAUUUUGGUCAAAGUUACACAGAUUUUAGCAUCUCGUCGCCACUGGCAGGACCACGUUUUAGCUGUGAUGAAGUCUUUUGGUUUUACAAAAGUAGUUUUCUGCAUAUUAGUAAACAAAUCAAUUGCAAGAAUCAAAAUAGCCACGUGUGUGCAUUAAUAACGCACUUACCAGAGAAUGCUACUGAGUGAUUUUUUCAUUGUUAGAAGUUAGCAUGAAACGAAUCGGUGGUGAUAUUUGAUUCAUGUCACCUGUGAACCAAUCAGCCAACAAUCACAAGCGAGAAAGAAAACAAGACUAACGUUCUUUGGGGAACUGAAUGAAAACUAUAAAGAUAUCUAUAUAUUUUUAAAAAAAGAUAUGAAACGUCCCACUGUUCAUAUACGACUUGGGAUACUGUAUUUAAGUGCAGUGUUUUGACUCAUUGGCAAUGAGCGAUGCACAAUGGAUCAAAGGAGAGGGAAGAGAAAGGACUUGGCUCCAUGUUGAUGCUGAGAAGGUAAGACUCAACAUUCAGCUGGGGAGACACCACUGUUCAGGUUACAUUGCAGUGCCUGUAUACCCCCCAAACAACACGGUAUAUGUGCCCACCAAACAUUCGUUCAUCUUUAUACAUGCAGCCAGCUUGGUGACGUGGGCAAAAAUGAUCUUUGUUUUAUAUUUGACCAAGGUGUGUGUAUGUGUGGCUGUCUGAGUGAGCCAUGCGAAUGUCUGAGCUGGAGAGGAGGAGGCCGGUUCAAUUGUUCUGGCAGACACGUUUCUGUCUUUAUUUUUUAAAAUCCAAGCUCUGGGAUGUGGCCACCGGACGAUCGAUGUUAUGUUUAACACAGUGUUCGAUGACAUUUGUUUGGGUGUCAUGAACCCCAUCGGAUGAAGCAAAACGUUUACGCAUUCAACACAAUGAGACCCACGCGUGCAGUAGCCCUUAUGUUUUGUGUGACCACUUGGUAAAACCUUUAAUCGAGGGCCUUGUUCGGUCAUUGUUGGGGUACACUUAGCCGACGUGCAUUUAAAACUGAAUGCGAUUUCACAUCCAUCAUGAAUUAGCUUCGGGUAAAUGUUAUAUCCCACGUAUUUUUUUUGCCAGAUUCGGUUGACGAUAAAGGCUACAGUGAGGAGGUAAAAGAAGCUACAGAUUUGACCAACCAGCCCUUUACAAAUAUUCAGCGUCUAUUGCGUACGAUCCAUUUCAAUAGCUACUAUAACCCACUGAACACGGAACGUUGGACCAAACGUUGGGCCAACGUUUGCAACCACGUACAAACUUUGGCCCAAGGUGGCAUGUUUACUGGGUAAUUAUUUGAGUUGUAUUCUACGACAAAUGCUUUCAUGUCAAAUCGAUGCAAAUGACAUUCACUAUAUUAAUACGUAACAUAUAUAUUGCUGGGGUUUUUUCGGCUUUAGAGGUUAGGACUUGUUAAGCCACAGUAUAAUUACAUUUAUGUCACUAUGGUGGUGAUUAUUUUGACCUGCUGGCAUUGUGGAUGUUUUGCAUUGAACACAAUUAAUAUUAUCAUCGUCAUCAUCAUCAUCAUCACGUAACGAGUCUAUAUUGUGGAGUUUUUUGUUAUGGAAUAUCUUAUGUGUAGCACUGCCUUUAUUAGCGCCAUCAGAUACUGAAGGCGCCUAUAUAGAUAUGUUCUAUAAACUAUAUACAGAAUAUUGUUUUAUAUACUAAUUGUAAAUAAUGAUUGACGAAAGCUAGAUCAUACCUUUAUGAGAGUUUUUAUAUGUUGAUUGUACUUAUUUAGUUGAGUGCAUGCCUUCAACGUGUGACACUUAAUAACAAAGAGUAUAUAAGGUAAUUUAACUUGCAUCAACAUUUGUUUGGUCGUGGUUGUAAUUUGACAGCAUUGACACGUGUUAUUUGUUGGAAGUCAAUCUUCAACAGCACUUCAUGUAUUACAAAUGUUGUAUAAAACAUUUAAACUUAUCGACGUUUAUAUAAUUUUCACGUCUUUGAUAUCUACAUAAUGCUGUUGUGUUCUGCAUUGUGUAUAGAAACUGGAUUGUGCAUUUGGUGGUACGAAAAAUGUACAACAGGCCAUUGAACAAUUGGCUCAAGGGUUUCUUCGGAUGAGAGUCCACAGGGGUGUUUGACCAACACAAGCAAAUCGCAGAAAAAUCAGGGAAGAUUAAACCGCAUUGGUUGUAUGUAUGGUAGUACGAAAAAUGUACAACAGGCCAUUGAACAAUUGGCUCAAGGGUUUCUUCUGAUGAGAGUCCACAGGGGUGUUUGACCAACACAAGCAAAUCGCAGAAAAAUCAGGGAAGAUUAAACCGCAUUGGUUGUAUGUAUGUUGAACUUUUUUCACACCUUUACGGUAAAAAACGUAACCAACUGUGUUAAUCGGAGGUGCGGGGAAGGACAACAAACUAAACACAAAAGCCGUUCUAAAGAAAUGCGUUUUCAAUAUAGGUUUAAAAGUGCAUUGCUCCAUUAGCUUCCUAAUAUCGGAAGGAAGCGCGUUCCAGACGGCCGCAGAAGCGCAUCUGAAAGUGUGCGAUGCGAGCCAAAAGCCGCCGCUAGGAUGAGCGGAGUUCGCAUGAUAGUUUAUGCUCCAUGAUGAGAGUAUUGCGGCCCCAGCAAACAUUCAUUGCACAUUUUGUCAAUCCACUGCUGAAUGAGGGCAUCCCACACCUUUGUAGACUGUAAUAUGACCAUACUUCACCACGCUGGUCAGUGCGGGUUUGGUGAAGGUAGCGUGGUGGGAGGUUAAACAUAACCGUGGAUUUUCCUGCACUGCUCUCUUCUGUCCACAACGCCUCCCUACAACUGACUGUCUUUUUCGAUUUAAAGCUUUCGUGAUUGCAGGGAUUCAUAUGCUUGGGUUCUUUCGGUAAAGUCACCACGUAGAAGGGAAAUAAUAAAAUAAUAAUUUCAUUUCAUGCCCUCGGUAAUGGCACAUUUUCUCGCUGUGAUUUUCACACCUGAUGAUGAUUGCUUGUGUUGCAAUCGAAACGUCGUGAGAAUUUUAUUGUUUUAUUUUUAUAUUAUUUCCCUUCUAAGUGACUUUACCGAAAGAAUCAAGAAUAUGACUUUCCUUUGUGCAUAGUGGUCACCUGUGCAAUCACUAUCCAGACCAAAAUCUGCUUAGCUUCCAGGAUCAGCUGAGAUUGGGUGCAUUUGUGGUGAUUUGGUCAUAGGCCCAUAGGAGACACUUGCAUAUAACCCUCAGCAAUUUUGAAGCUUGUGAGUGUUUGAUGAGCAUUAGUCAACAGGCAGAACACAAACAGCCAAGCCGAUAUCUAACAUUGUAUUGUACUGUAGCUGCAAUCCUUUGCAUGCACAUAUCUUGGAUAUAUUAGUUACCAAGACAGCCCUCAGUAAUGGCGUUUUUUUUACAAUUACAUGCCAGUUAUGGUGAAUUUUAUUGUAGUAUGUUUACAAGAAUGAUUUGGUACAUAUAUAUGGUAAGAGCAGCUCUAACAAUGUCAGACUUAACACAAUUGUUAUUUUAUGUUUAAUUAAAAUGACUGACGCAUGCGUAAUCAAUAAAACGAUAUUUUAAUCAUGAAUUUCUUAUUUUGACACCAUUAAAUGUUAACCAGCACCAUUGCAAAUAAAGUAUUCGUGGAUAGUAAGCGAAUUGGGGGGUUUGCUUUCCAUAAGCUGGAGGCUGUAUAUAUUUUUAAAUCUCAUAACAGGAUAAACAGUUUGUUUUGUCGUGUUCUUUUUGACGGAAUCCCUGUAUGGCAGAUUUAAUGUACACCCAUUUGUCGAAUCACCUUAGGCCAUUUUAUAGUGCACGUGGCAAAUGAUGACGUGUUUACCACGAUGAAAAUGUAAAGGUGCAGUUACGAAAUGUCUUUCUCACGCCAACUGCUGGUGAGAGGGCCUUCACUAAGAACACAUCUGUAGAGCACCUGUAGUGUAUCCUGGCUUACUCCUCCACACCACGGAUCACAAUGGACUGCUAAACAUUUGAACCGGGUGAUUAGUGGACAUUGAUUUUUGUGUGUUAUCAAAGUUAUCACAGCAGCCCAACAACCCUGCAGGCAGUGAUUGCAAACACCAGUCCUUGCGUAUACCCCUGUCAAACUUGUAGAACUUGCCUUAGAAAGUGUGGUCAAUUCGUCGUCAUUUUGUAGGUUAACGUUUUAAUUUGAGGUUUGUAAACGUUGCUUGUGAUGAAAGCAGGGCAGGAAUGAGGACUGGAAAAUUGUGCACUGAGUGGGUCAUGUGGAGGAGACCUUUGCUUUUGAAACCCCAUUUUCUCCAUUUUCCCCUCCUCUUUGAUGUGAUUUAUUUACUGUAUAAGUGUCUUAAAUUUUGUAAGCUGAGAAAAGGUAGUACCGUACUGUAACUGAUCUUUGGUAAAUAUCAUGGGCAUGUUUUUACCGUGUGAAGGAAUACAUUGUAAAUUGAGCACUGGGAAAACCCUGUUGGGAAAAAAAUAUAUACAUUUGACCGAAUAAUUUCUUGCCAAAAUCGUAAUCGAGGUGAAAAUGAAUGUAGAUGCAUGAUGAUUAUGUUCGGUGGCUCAACUCUUGUUCACUGCCACGAAAUGAAAGAGCAAAAGGGGAGCAGAGGUGGUGAACAGUUGUACAAUACAGUACUGUAUUUGUUUGAUUUUUGCUUUUUACAGUGUGUACAAACCACACAUAAAUCCUGUAAGCAUGCAGUGUUGUUUAAAAUCGCCACAGUAAAAUCCAAACUUUCAGAUCAGUAAAUUACUCGACUUUGUUUUUUUUAAAUCAAUUGUUGGCUGCAUACAUUCUACAUCAAGCUGCAUUAUGAAUUCCCAUAUAACGUAUACUGCAGCAAGACUGUACAAUACACAUGUACAGGAGAUGUGUUCCCAGUUUUUGGAUACAUACACGCAAAAAAAUCUGAUAAAUAAUUUUCGAUUGUUCGAAUUUUAGCUUGUGUUUUCCAUCGAUCUGAAAACGUGAAUAAUAACAGUUUGGGGCAUAACUUAUAAGUGUGUGUUGAGGAGAGAAGUGAUGUUAUUGUGAUGUCAAUUUUGCUAAAACGUGGAAGACGUGUUAGUGUGUGUUUGAGAGUGCAUGGGAGUGAAUGAGCCUGUGAAAGUGACCGAGGCAUGUGUGAAUGUGUGAGAGAGUGCGUUCGAGGUGUUUUUCGUUGUGCGUGAGCGAAUGAGUCAGAGUAACUGAGGUGUUGUGAGUGAACUUGUGCACAAGAUCGCUUCAUGCCACCGCCUGCAGCCGCUGUCCAGCUGGCCUUGGUUAAUGCACCGCCUGUAGUGCAGCACUUUGGAGGCAUGGGUUGGUGCAUUCGUGUAGAUAUUUGUGAAACUCCCAGAAACCUGCUGUUCUGUGAGUUGGUGGCCAAGAGAUACCAGUGCGGCACGUGGAUUCAUUAUCUCCUUGUAUGAGCGGAUGUUCUACAGAAGAAAAAAACAACACUUCUUACUUGAAAAAGGAAUUUGACAAACAUCUUUAUGCAGGGACUCUCCUGAAAACGACUGUACAGGCCGAGUCUGGCUUUCUUCGGUGAAGGGCAUUCAUUAUUAUGAAUUUAGGUUGUAUUUUGGCACAAGUAAAACCCAUUGGUAAAAUAAAUGCUCACUUUAGAUGGUUACACCGUAUAAACCUGAUUACAGCAACAACAAAAACCUGAACAAAACAAUCCAAAAAGCAACCGUUCAUGGUCAAGUUCUGAACGGCAAGGUUGUUCAUCAAACACGGUACAAUCAGCACACAGAAGGCUCAUAGAACACAUCACAUACAAUUUUUAAAAUAAUAUAUAAAUGUAUCUGCAAAGCAGAGCAAUCAGUUGCAAGUGUACGUGAAAGAAAACACAUACAUCGUUGGGAAAAUAAAAAAAUAAUGCUAUUUACACAACAUUAAAAAAAAUCUUCAUGAUUCAAAUACAAACAUUUUUAAAGAUAAAAAUACAUUCUUAAAAUGUUAGUAUGUUAUGGGAUAAACAUUGAUUAUUGUGAAAAUGUACUUUCAUUGAACAAUCAAAGAAAGAUUUUAAAUUGGGCCCAAAAUAACCACAAAUUGAUUUCAGGUAAAUUAAAUGCGAAACCUAUCCAUAAUACAUACAUAAUAUAUUACAGAGACAUAUCUACAAUUAUAUUUAAGGAGUUAAAACUCUUGUCCUUUUCACAAACACCCCAGUCUAACAAUGUUUUGUGAAGUUUACACUUAUAGUAAAACAGUAAAAUUCCAUAAUAAAUACUAAUCGUAUAAAGGUUUCCCUCGCUUCAUGCGGUAGCAGAUGCUUUGCCAAAAAUAAAAUGACGCACAUAACAAAACCGAACGAGAGAACUGCCUGCCGAGUAGCGCAUACACGACACACAAUGUUGUCUCACGCCUGAGACAACAUUGUGUGUAGCCGAAAGUAUGCGUGAAUUCACGCCGUGCGGAACAUCACCUCGUCGCUGAUGUGAGCUGUGGUCAGGGAUUGAACUUGGGUAGGGUUCAUUACACGUUAACCAUUGGGACCCUGCGGUUCAAUAUUUAAUACAAAAUUCACGAUAUCACUCAUGCCUGCUAUUUAUUCUCUAUUGAUGAUUAGGACUUACAAGUAAAUAUUAAAGUCUUAAUAAAUGCAUGAUGUGAGUGAGUAUACUCGAAUUUUUAAAAAUAUAUAUGUCCUGUAUAAACAGAGAUGCUAGAUUUCACAUGGACACUAUCGUGUGUGAUGUAUUCGGAAAAAAAGACGCUGACGUCAAGGGGUAUUGGUAAAUUCCAGGAAUGGUCUCGCCUUCGGCAUUUUAUUCUCAUUUCCUAUGUUAGGUAGAGCUAAUUAGGCAUGUAACGCUUCAGCCACUGCGGCAAUCCGAUGGACUCGCAUGAUUCGAGACCAUUAAUCGAUUAAAAUAAAUACAUGUUUCGUCUAGUUUUUGCUAUCUGGAUUGUAUUUUCUUGUUUAGUCUUGUUUGUACAGUUUUGAUCCCUUCCCCCCACCUCACCCUACCUCCUCCCAGUCUCCCCACCUCCUCACACAACCCUCCUUAAUGGCACGCGCCUAUCCUGUUGUAUGCUUUUGAACAGGGAUCACUCACGUUAGUGGCAUGUAAUUGUAAAUGGUAAAGAGGAUAAGCAGCACCGAGGUUGAUAAGCCAUGUAUUAUGGAUUAAAAGGUUAUUUCCUAGGGCAAUUUCAACCUUGUUCACAUAAACUACGUAUCAUGAGCAUUUGAUUGGCACCUCACCCGUUGAAUUCGGUGGAGUGGUCUAGAAGGAGGUCUCAGAACAAACAUACAGCGAUUAGCUUCCGAUAUAAAUAGCAAACCACGCUUACACAAACAUCAAUUUCCACAAUCAGUAUCUUCUUUAGAACAAGUGUAUAAGUGGAUAUUUAUACAUUGCGACUAUUGUUGCUUAAGUAUAUUAAUAACUUGAUGUAAAAUACAUUCAAAUCUGCUGCUUUACUAAUUGUCCAUGUGGUCUGUUCUGCUGCAUGACAUCGUUAUGGACAGAGGGCAUGCAAAUACUGCAGACAUAAGUUACACACGCGGAGAAAAGUGUUGCAUGUUUUGUAUGACACCAGUCACGGGUGCUAAAGCAACCUCCAAUACUCGUGAAGACGAAAACAUUAUAUUCUAAUACAAAGACAAUAAAAUAAUUAUAUUUUUGUUAUUGAUCACAUUCAGAGCCAUCCAAAAUGCCAUUGGCUAUAUUCCUAAUAAUGUGUUUCAUGGUAAUUACAAAAUUAUGACAAAUUGACUGGCAUACAUAGAAAUUAGUAGCUAAUAAUCCCAAAGGUGGAUAGACGUGAAGUUGUCUAUUGGUGAUGCACCCUGUUGGUUAUGAAGCAAUGAAUGGGUCAACUUUAGUGUUUGAAGUAUGGAAGGCUAUGUCGUGGUGGUAUUUUGAAUGUUGGGAUGUGCCGAAUAAAUAUGUGAAUCUCA